CCACCUGCAGAGAGAGAGAGAGAGAGAAAAAGAAAUCACCUUAAGAAAGGGAGAGAAGACAGUUAUCAUGGAUACGAGGAAGCACCUGUGUUCCCUGGCCCGUAUGUUGCUGCCUGCCCUGGGCUUUGUCCUCUUCUGUGUGGGGGCCUACCUGAUGUCCCUCCACAAUGUCUACAACAGCUCCCUGUGUUACAUCCUGGCCUACGUCCUCAUUGCCUGUGGCUUGUGUUGCCUCCUCACCGGGGUCUUCUGGACCAUCUGCCAUGGCAUGAAGAGGAAGAGGCAGAGGAGCAGGAGCCACCACACCGCUGCACACAUCCAUGUCUACACCGUUGACAGACCCAGCUUCCACCUUCCUUCAUAUGAGGAGUCUCAGCACAACCACACCUCUGCCUUCUCUGCUACUGCAGCUGCAGCUUACUCUGUGCUGGGGCUCUCUGAAGACGGCCUGAGGUUCAAUCUGGCCCCCCCUCUGUACACCCAGGACAUCUCUGAGGCCCCAGACGACACCUUCAACCAUGAAGAACCACCUGCGUACUCUGAGAUGGCCAUGCAGCUGCACAGGGAGCCACAGGGGCUUCCACAGCAACCAGAACAUUCCGGUUUGGACAGAGUUCCAUGUCCUGAGCUGGACGGUCGAUAG